AUGAGUCAAAAUUCUUCUACCAUUGAUAACACUUCAACUAAGACUAACAAUACAGAAGAUAACAAACAACUUCCAAAGAAAAGGUCAUUGAGUAGUUAUUUAUCAAAUGUUACCUCCAGAAGGGAAGAAUUAGAGAAAAUUGCAAAGAAACAACAAGAGGAACAAGAAGAAUUAAUCGAAAGACGAAAGAGAAAAGAGGAAGAAAAUAAACUACAACAAAUUAAACUAAAAGAAGAGCUUGCAAGAAAAGAAAAAGAAGAAGAGGAAAAAGAAUUGAAAUUGAAAAAAGAAGAGGAAAAAAAAGAACGUGAGAAAAUCAUUAAAGAGCAUGACCUAUUAAGAAGAAAGGAAUUAGAACAAUUAGAAGCACAACAUAAAAGACAUUCUAUUGAAGAUAUUCAAAAUAUUUCAACAUCUGAGGCUUUAACUCCCAAGUCUGAGAGUCCUUCGAUUAUUAAUAACAGUAAUCAACUACAAUCAUCCAAUCAAUAUGACAAAGAUGUACAAUAUAAAGAAGAGGAAAAAAGUAAAAGUCAAGCGAAAAUUUUGAAAAAACAGUUGAAAUAUAAAGAAGCCAUUAGUGAUAUAAAACAAUCAUUGCAUAAGGAUCACCUGACUGACUCUAAUACAGGUAUAAAAAUUCACGAAGCAAGCGAAAUACUGGAGAAUAAAAAGCAAGCUUCCAGUUUACAGAAAGAUAAAUUACCUGAAAAACAUACGCUUCAUCAUUCAAUAGAUAUCAAGGACAAUUCAAAGAAUAUUCAUGAUAAUAAAAAUAUUAAUAACUCAAAAAAUGAUCAGGAGCUGAAAAGUAAUAAUGAUAAGAUGCCCGCUACUCUGAGCCCCGUCAAUGUAAAAGUUCAAGCCAAUUCUGCCAAACAUCCUUCUUCUGACACAAAUCUAAAGAAUGAGCCCAAUCAGAAUUAUAACCAAGUAACCAAUAUUGAUGAAUCAAAGAAUAUGGAUAUCAGUUUCUCAAGCCCUUUAUCGGACAAAACAUUCUCAGUUGAUCGGCAAGAUAGCGCUAUGGAGGGUACGAUAUUAAGAACUGAGUUGCAAUCAAUGCUAACUGAACCAAAAAUCGAGAUAGAAUUGAACACAUUAAAUGAAGAUGCAGAUGAAGAUGAUGUUGCUAGUGAUGCUCCAACAGAACCUGCAUCACCACCGAGACCUCGACUAGGGCGCUUAGUUCGUGGCGACCAGCUACGUAAUAAAAAUGACAACCAUACCCCAACGUUUGAUAAUAGUUCCGAUUCUGAAUUAUCUGAUCUUGAGGAAUUAAAUACUAUACCGCAUAAUAUUACCAUGAUAACUUCAAGGACAACUAAUGAACGUUUCAAACAACCGGUAACUACUAGAAACAAAUCAAGUAAAUACAUUUCUUCAUAUCCACCUAACAAUGCUCAGAAAAUCAAGGAUGUACAGAAACAACAGAGACGAAGUGUUUCAGCUCCCAUAGAAAACUCAAAUAAACCACAUCUUAAAGUUCCAAGGCUAUCUGGUCCAAAAAAGACUGGUAAUCGUGAUUCAGCUGGUAGAACAAAAUUACAAAUUGCAUGUGACAAGGGUAAAUACGAUUUAGCUAAAAAACUCUUAGAGGAAAACUAUGACGUGAAUUAUCAAGACAAUGCAGGAAAUACGGCUUUACACGAAGCUGCCCUAAACGGCUAUUUGGAUAUCGUAAAAUUAUUGAUCGAGUAUGGGGCAGAUAUUAAUCUACAGUCUUAUGAGCUUUUUAAAGAUACUCCCCUAAUCGAUGCUUCUUCGAAUGGACAUUUGGAUGUCGUCAAAUUUCUACUAAAUAGCGGUGCUGAUCCAUUAAUAGCUAAUGCAAAAGGUAUAACUGCUUAUGACUCAAUUGAAAUAACGUCUGAUCUAGAAGAGGAUGAAAAAGAAAUUGUAAAAGAAAUCAAAAAUACUCUACGGAAUGCUUCAAAGAAGUGGAUAAAUUCAAAUCUAACUAGUAGCCGUAGAGGCAGUGAUUCUAAAGAACGCUCUAUAUCGUUGCAAAAUAGAUUAAUAGAUGAAGGUGAAGAUUAUGAAUUUUUUUGGACUGAUAUCACAUCUAAAGAGGGUAAAGAAAAGCUAUUUAAUGCUUCAAAAGAUGGUAAUUUUUACUAUGUUGGACAAUAUCUGGAAAAUGGAGGUCGUCCGGAUGCUAAAUGCUUUAUUGAAGCAGUAAAAUUGGGUCAUUCUGAUAUUGUAAACUUAUUUUUGGCUUUUGGUAUGCAAGUAAAUUCGUCUAAUAAGGAUGGGCAAACUCCUUUGAUGAUUGGUGUUGGCAGAGGAAAUAUACCCACUGUAAAACUGUUACUAGAAGCAGGAGCUAACCCUAAUAUUAAAGAUAAGGCUGGGAAAAAUGCUUUAUAUUAUGCAAUGAACAGUGUAACAGGCAAUGUAAGUAAAGACGAAAUACAAUUAUUGAGAGAAAUCACUAAUACUGAAUCUACAGUUGUAGAAUUAAGCGAUUCUGAAUUAAAAUCAACUUUAAAAACUUCAUCCAACAUGCAUUCAGAUGAGAACAACAACACUACUGAUAAGAAGCUUGAUAAUAAUAUACAAGGUCAUGAAACUUCUGAUAAAUCAUCUCAAAGAACUAAACCUUCUAAAAUACAUACUAAAUUAGAGGAUCCCUUAAUCACCAAUAAUAACAUGCAUCGUAAAACUAGUUUUCAAAGGACGAAUGAACGUUCAAAUAGAGAAACAAUAGAAUCAAAGCAGGAGUACCAUAAAGAAGAAAUUUCUGAUAGAAGUGAACUUAAUGAAGAUAAUAUUAUAAGUACCACUAUUCACAACAAUACAUCAGAUGAUAAUUAUUCAACUUCACAUCAUUCAAAAAGAAAAUCUCAUGAUGAUUUAGCUUCAGUUGUGUCUCGUAGUCCUAAAAGAACUCAUGUGGAAUCAUCUCCUAAGCUGAAUAAAGUUCGUGAAGAAACUGCUGAAGAACGUGAAGAAAGGCUAAGAAAGGAAGAAGAAUACUUUCAAAAGAUGCAGCAAAUCAAGAAGAAAAGAGAACAAGAACUUCUACAAAGAAUAGCUGUAAAUGAACAGAAAAAAGAGGAAGAGAAGGAAAAACAAAAACAAGAAGAGAAACAACAUUUACAAGAACUAGAAAAGCAGAAAAAAGAACAACUUGAGAAAGAUAAAGAACUAGCAGAACUUCAGCGAAAAAGAGAAAUGCGUUCAAAUUACCCUAUUGGAUUAAAAGUUAUCAACUUUUCGACUCUUGAUGAUUACGCAAGCUUUCUUCCGUUAUAUUUUAAUGUUCAAAAUAACGUUAGAUACGUCCUCGACUUACAAAUUAUGGUAAUUAUGAAGGACUUAGAAUUGUUACAGAAAAUUAAAGAUGGCAUUAUUGAGUCAAUUCCUUUACAACAACAACAAAAGGAACAACAGUGGACCUUGUUGAAAUUUAUUUUCCUAUACGGCGGGUACUAUUCCCAGCGAACUACUAGCAACUUAUUUAAGGUUAAUAUAACUAAAUUAGAUUUUAAUUCAAGGUUUGAAUUCGAAAAGGAGGAGCGUACAAAGUUUCUUCAACUUCCAAUGCAUUGGAUAAAAUGGAAUGAUAUUACGUUUGCAGAUGAAACUUUAAGAGAACGAUUGGAAGAAGUGAUGACUGAAACGUGUGUUACCACUGUUUCUUCAAAAGAUUUAUCAAAACAAAACCUUAGAGGAAAUUCCAAUUUAUCUAUAGAUAUUACUGAUCUACCAUUAAAGUUACGCAAUAGAAGUGACAUAAAAUCCGUUCUCAAAUCUGCAGCAUCUCCACUUUGGUAG